CGCCGACGGCGCCGGCGGGACCGCGCGCGCCCCGCUUCCGCCAGCCGCGGGGCUCUGCCCGCCCCAGGCGGGGAAGGUCCGCGGCCGCCGCCGCCAGAAAGUCCGGAGCGUGCGCCUGCGGCUCGGGGCUGAGCAGUGGCGCCGCCAUUCGGGCGACGCGGGCGUCUGCUGCCGCGCGCACGGGCACGGCCACGCGCACGCUGCCGGGGAGCAUGACGGCGGUCACUCCCACUCCCACGGCCACGACCACGGGCACGACGACCACGCCCACGGUCACGACCACGACCACGGGCACGAAGAGCACGGUGGGCACGGCCAUGGCCACGGCCACGGCCACUCGCACGGCCACUCGCACGGAGAGAUUCCGGAGUGGGUGCCCGGGAAGGCCGCGCUCCGGAGGUGGCGGGACACGUCUCGGAGGACGGGCUCCAUGGCCACGGUCGUGUGCUUGUUCGCCGUGUCGGUGCUGCCGUGGGCCCUGCGGCCAUUCCGGGUGCUCGGGCCCCUGGCGGUCUUCGUUACGCUCGGGGUGCCCGCGGCGGUGGAGUCGCUCGGGGCCGCCGCCAGGCUCGACGUGCACUUCCUCAUGACUCUCGCGGCAUUCGCGUCCGUCCUCAUAGGCCACGCCCACGAGGGGGCGCUGCUCCUGCUGCUGUUUGCCCUGUCGGAGGUCAUGGAGGAACGGCUGUCUCUGGGUGCGCAGGCCUCCCUGGAUGCCCUGGCGCGGCUUAGCCCAGAGAGGGCGCACCUGCUCACUGGGCCCGCCUCGCUGGACGCCGAGACGACCGACGUGGCCGCCUCCGAGCUCCGGGCGGGGGAUCGUGUGCUGGUGCGGGCAGGAGAGGUCGUGCCCGUGGACGGCGAGGUCCUGGAGGGCUUCUCGCAGGUCGGGCUGGACCACCUCACUGGGGAGCCGCUGCCACAGCCGAUAGCGCGCGGUGACCCGGUGCUGUCGGGGGCCAAGAACAUUGACGGGGCGCUGGUGCUGGAGGUGCGCCGGCCAGCUGCGGAAUCCACCGUUCAGCGCAUCGCGCGCCUCACCGCCGCCGCCAAGGCCUCGCGCCCGGGGCUGGUCCCCCGUCUGUACGUACCCAUUCUCUGUGCCCACCGCUUCUCCUCGGUGACUCUCCUGGACGCCGUGGCGGAGCGCUGGUCCAGGUCCGUGGUGGUUAGCACGCUGGCACUGGCCGCCUUCCCGCCGCUGCUGUGGGGGGCGCCGCUCGUGCCGUCGCUGUACCGCGCGCUCGUCUGGCUCAUCACCGCGUCGCCGUGCGCGCUGGUCCUGGCGACGCCCCUGGUGUACCCUCUCGCCCCGUACGUGUCCGGCCUCUCGGCGGCCGCUUCCCAUGGCAUCCUCCUCAAGGGAGGGCGCACCCUGGACGCCCUUGCGACCGUGAGCGGGUUCGCGUUCGACAAGACUGGUACAAUCACGACGGGGGCCCCCGAGCUCCAGCGGGUGGAGCUGCUGGGCGGCGGCGAGGGCCGCGGGAUUAUUUUCCUGAGGUUCACCCUGCUUCGGCACUCCCUCUCGAAAGAUCGCGGAUGCGAUGGGCUCCCCCGUAGCAGCUCCCCCAGCUGGUGGCCGGCCAACGAGGGCGAGGACCAGGCUUCGAACCGUCGCGGCCUCGCGCUCGCCGCCGCCCUGGGUCGCCUCUCCGUGCACCCGGUCUCCAAGGCGCUGGUGGCGGCCGCCCCCGCCCCCUCGCCCGGGGUGCCCGCCGCGGCGGUGGAGGGGUUCCGCCUGGUCGCAGGCUCUGGCGUGUCUGGCACGGUGACGGUGCCCGGCGAGGGGUCGGCCGAGGCGGCCCUGGGCCGCCCAGAGUUCGUGGCGCAGCACCUGGAGCGAGCCCUUGGCGCUGGGCAGCUGGCCUCGACGGUGCGCGAUGCCGCGGCGAACCCGCGGCACGGCCGAGUGGUGACUGCGCUGGCUGCUCUGCCCGCGGACGGCGGCGGCGCGGUGCAGGCGUGGCUGUUCCACAUGAGCGAUCGAAUCAAGGAGUCUGCCCCCAAGAUGCUGGCGGAGGCCGGCAAGGGAGGAUCUCUCUACAUGCUCACCGGCGACCGCCGCGCGAACGCGCUGCGGGUGGCUGGACAGCUGGCCGAGGCCGGCGUGUCUUUCGAGGAGAUCCACGCGGACCUGCGCCCGGAGGACAAGCUUGCCAGGGUCCGGGAGCUCGACGCGCGGCUUCGCGGUGCCGCCGCCGAGGCCGACGGCCCGUGGUCCCGCUGCCUGAGGUGGCUGGGCGUGACGGCGGGUGGGCUGGCCAUGGUGGGCGACGGCGUGAACGACGCCCCGGCCCUCGCGGCGGCGACCGUCGGCAUAUCCCUCACGUCGCAGGCGGACGGCGCGAUGCCCACCAACGCCGUGGAGGGGUCCGACGUCCUCGUGCUGCACCGGGCGCGGGACCCCGCAGGGGACGCAGACCUGCAGAGGGUGGAGUGGGUGCUUGCCACAGCGCGGAAGGUCAGAGACAAUUUUGCGGCCGCAAGCUCGCGAUGUGCUCCAACAGAUGUCCCUGCCGACGGCCGUUGUUGUCCUCAGAACCUGGCUCGGCGCUUGGACCGCAGCCCGACGGUUCCAGCAAGCAGAGCCCUGUCUUUUUUGUGGCGCAGGCGAUGACAGCUUCAAGCACAAGUCGUUUUGCCAUAUAUUUAUCGAGCUCAUGUCCCUCUCAUCUUCCGGGGCCUCUUCAGCUGGCCUUUUCCCUUGCCCAUUCCAUCCCGUGCAGUUGCUCGCCUCGGUUUUUCUGAUUCAUCCCCGCUCGCUCUCAUCACCACAGUCGCCGCUACAAUCUUGCGCCAGCAAUUGCGUGGCAUCCGAAGCGGUGCCCUUGUCUCCCAGCAGGGAACGAGGCAGGCCAUUCCCACAAUGAGAUGGUUCAUGCGGCGAGCCCAGAAGCGGCGAUGGCCAAUUGACCUUCAUUCCGCAGGCCACGUGCGAGAAAGGCGCGCUGUUGGAGCGGCGGCGUAUGGCGCACUUCGCGACAGGCCCGCGAGGUUGACGGCGGCUGCGGGCUGGCGUCGGCGGCCAGCGGCAGCGCGGACGAAAGACCGCUCGUUUCCGUUUCCCCGCCUGGUCCUUCCAGUACGGGCGCGGUGCCAUGGCGGCAAUUUGAUGGGACGCAUCGCAGCAGGAG